UUUCAGAUAUGCCUGAUCAGGCGAGCUUCCGAACCCCCAAACGAAAAACGUCUCACAAUUAUGAACUGGAAAUCAGGAAAAUCGUAGAAUCUGUGGCCGUGCCGAGCUCGUCAGUGAGUUCGUCUCCUACUGGGACAGAAAUAACAAGUUAUAAGCAGUUAUUUGAUGAUUUUAAUGAGCAUUUCAGAGUUGAGAUGGAGAGUAAACAAGUUUUUCUUGGUGGCCAGCAAAUUUCAAUGCGGACCAAUUGCGAUCAUACCAUGUUUUUCAUAAUCAACACGGAAUCAAAAGUGGUUUUGACAUUUGGGCGUCACUACGUCAGCCUUCCCUUUGCUGAAAUAGUUAAAUUCACUAUAUACAGAUCAACACGAUUCGGAUUUCGACACGCCAUGCUUCUUCAUUUGACUAGUCGUGGUAGUGAAAUUGUCAUUGAGAAGUUCCAAUCUUUGAAAUAUCGUCUUUUAAAGUAUCAUGACGAUGGCGUCGGUCCAGAUUAUAUUGAUCUGCAAAAAAAAACGCUGAUUGUGUCCUUAGCGGAAAGAAACGUCUUUGCAAGUACCCCUGUGGCAGUGCUUCGAAGCUUAUCGGAAAAUGGUAAAGCUUUUCAAGUGAACGAAGGAAAUUGGAUCCGUAUUUUCCAAAUGAUCAAAAUUAAGCUGAGGCGCAAUAAUAACUUAGAAUUGAAUUUAGAGCAAUUUGAUGAAUACGAGAUGGAAGAAACAAUGAACACUCUUGGACUGAGUUGGUUGAAAACUGACAAUAUUUUUGAAAUGAAAGACAGAAAUCAUUUGUUGAAUAUGAUUCCGACAAUGUUUAUGGAGAGCACUUUGCAUGGAGUCUGCGAACUAACGCGUCCCGAUCACUUGAUGCGUCCUUUAGCAAGAAAGCGAAUGUUGAUUUUCACCGACGAUCUAGAGAUGCGGUCAAGCAAUCCAAAACAGACCUACGCAGUGAAGAAUUCAAGUGAACAUCCCCGAAAUAAAAAUGAAGAAGGACCCUCGCAAGAUUUCAGCAAAACGCCCAACUUGGAAGAGUCGUUCAGAGGCUCAAUUGGAUACAGUCUCCUAGCAUCUCUAAUAAGUGAUGACUCCGCUUCCACUCAUUUGUCACCAAAUUAACCAGAAAGUGUUUGGCCCCAAGGCUAUGCAACAUCUUUCAGCAAAAACUUUUUUUUUUAAGUUGUUCGUUUAAAAAGACAUUCUUUAAAAUGCAAUUUCUAUAGAUAUCGAAACAGACUGUGUAAAAAUUAUAUUGUGAUUGUUACCUCAGACACGGGAAUUAUCCUCUAAUGGCCCCAUUUUGUUCCCUUUCACUUCUCCUAAUUCUUCAACUUCCAUCUUGUCGUAGUGGUUUCUCUUUUCAUAUUCCCCAUAAUGAGUUGUUACGGAGUAAAUGCUAACUGUAUGAAAACUUUGGUAAUAAACUUUUGACA